AUGGUCUCUGCUGUGGAAGACUUUGGGAUCUCCAAUUUAAAGCUAAAGGACAUGAUUGAUUUUUGCAAAGACAUCGAUAUUAAAGGCUUUUUAAGUGAUGUUAAACAAGCACUUCUAAGUGCCCUGGAUACUGAAUAUGAGAAAAAUCCUUUUGAGGGUGCUGCUGCUGUUCCGAAGAGAACAGUUCGUGUUCUGGAUACUGCAUCUUCCGCAUCUGCCGGCUCGUCUGAUGGGCUGCCACGGGAAGACAUUACUGCUAAGAUUACACCUACUUUACUAAAAAAUCUAGGCAGUCCAGACUGGAAGGUACGACUGGAGUCCAUAGACGCAAUCACCAAAAUUGUGGAGGAGGCUAAUAAACGUAUCCAGCCUACAGGAACAGCUGACCUGUUCAGUGCACUUAGAGGCCGUCUUUAUGACAGCAACAAAAAUUUAGUAAUGGCAACCUUGUCCACUAUUGGUAGCCUUGCAUCUGCUAUGGGACCUUCUGUUGAAAAGUCAAGCAAGGGUAUUUUGGUAGAUGUGCUGAAGUGUCUUGGUGACAAUAAGAAGCAUAUGCGAGAAUGCACUUUGACUGCUUUAGAUUCGUGGGUUGCUGCAGCCCAACUUGACAAGAUGGUUCCAUAUAUUAUAGUGUCUUUGGGUGAUCAGAAAACAGGUUCAGAAGGGUGA